GGUUUCCCCCUUGAGUUUGCUAACUUGAAGUAUUUUUCAUUUGUCGGUCUACUAUCUCGCCACUGAGUCAAAUUCCGCCGACACGAAGCACACAACGACUCAUCACCUAGCAUUUUCCUUUAUUUAUAACGUUAAAGCAUGCACAUACGUCUUCGUGAAGUUCCUUUGAGAAUUUGAACCACCGAGAAGACGACUUGCAACUACACACGUCAUAUUUCACAAGACAUUUAAACUUUUUUGAAAAUUUCCCUUGCAGCAGACAGCAAGCAAACAAUAACAAGGACUCUGAAAGGGGUUUCUAUGAAGCACUCGUCGCACCCAGAAAUUUCCCGCCAACAGCCAUUUUUGCGUGCGCAUAUUUUUUUUUUAUACCACGCUGUCACGAAAAAGAACUGAUCGCCGUAUUUAAGUUGCCCACCUGAACUACAGAGAUUGCUAGUUUCCAGUCCACAACAGUCGUUGCCUUGUUGAUUUCAUCAUCUCUUUAGUCGCGUCUGAUCUGAGCGCCAGACUGAUGGCGUUUUGUCGUUUAUUUCUUCCUUUUGUCGGUAAUUUUGAAGUUGAUCAUUAUUUCCAGUGUAUUAUCUACUAAUCCUUUUAAAUUGUUGUACAUAAAGACGAUCAAUAAUGGCUGUUCACUUGUGGUUACGAUCUGAACCCAAGAUUAGCGAACACCGGACCGCCCUGACUCCAGCUAAGUGUAAAGAGCUUGUUUCAGCUGGUAAGACACGAUACAUACAUUGAAUGAAUCAUUGAUUAUAAAUGCAAUUGCGAUUUGGAAGAGUGAUGUGUAUAUAUUCACUGUUAGAGGUGUGGGAAGGAGAGUUGUUUAAGAGACUUGGCUGUGCAUGAUAAAUUAUGUGAUCAAUCUCCAAUUAAACUGAAGUUCCAGACGAGCGAAAGGCACUAUUGCAAUUCCUCUGAAUAAGAAAAGGAACAUUGCCUUUCUGGCGAAAAUAAAGGAGAGUUGUUUUUAUUGCGUAACGAUACAUAUGCAUUAUUAAAUAUGGCUCCUUGUCACUGUACUCUCGCUGCGUUUAUGCAGUGACGAAAUAUCGACACCGGAACAUGUACGCACACGUAGCACCCAUAAGGAUAAAGCAGUUUAUUUCUUGUGUGAGGUCAUUUUGGCCUGAUGUGCCAUCUAGCCUCAUCAAAAUCAGUAGGGCAAGAGUACUAAUACAUAACUGACAGAGUUAUUACAACUACAUGUGAAUAACACUGAAUUUUAUUAAUGCUGAUAACUUUUAUUCUUCAUGUGAUUUUUUUUAAAACAACUUGCACUCGUUUAGUAUGUAGAUGUACCCUGUAGGAGAGAUUAAACAAUCGCAGUAGACCAUUUCAUGUGAGUUAAUGUGAGGCAAUGGUUGACCUUCUCUUGACCUUUUUAAUUGAUAUAAGAACAAUACGAUUUAAAAAUGAUUCACACUUUUAAACGAAAUAUCAUUGACCAUAAGUUGUUUUUUUGUAAAACCUGCUAAUUUUCAUUUUAAUUGUCAUAUGACUGUGUAUUAAAAAGAAAACUAUUUCACGUGUAUUUGUUUUUGUUUUGUCAUAUUUUAGGGUUUCAAAUCACAGUUGAAAAUUCAAAGGAUAGAAUUUUCAAAGAUGAAGAGUAUGCAAGGUAAAUAAUUUUAGUGUCACUUGACCCAAACCAAGAAAGAGUGAAUUUAUAUACUGACAGUGGAACCCCAAUAUCUCGCAAUCGAGUUACCGGAGUUCUACUGUAUUUACCAUUCUAAAACCCAAUUUUCUUUCAUCCUGUUACCUUAAUUUACUUCAUUGCCACUAGUGCAUACAUAAGUAGCAAAAAAGGAUUUGACUUAUUACUACUUAUUGCAAAAUGCAUUCGUUCUCCUUGUCGGAGACUUCAUGUUACGUGACAGUAUAGUGACACAGAUGUUUAAAUUAGGUCUGGAUUUUAUGAGACAAUGAACACUUUAGCUGCAAGAAUUGAUUGACCUUUUUCUGAUUAUCGCCUAGUAACAACCAAUCAUAUCUAAUGUAUACUACUAUGAAAUCAAGCGUUCUUUUCCACGUUUUUGAGAGCAGCUCUUGCACAACUGCUGUAACGAGUGAAUACAAGUGAGCCAAGUGAUUAAAUACAAUCGACUCUACUGACUGUCUUAGUGUAGUUUUCGUUGAUCUGAAAACCCUAGUGAAUGGGGCAAAGUUCUCAACAUCCUUGCAGAUACAUUGCACAUUCACAACAUGAACAACAACAAUGCUUAAUCAAUUUUUUAGCAAUACUUGGCGGUAAGAAUGCGAAGAAUGAUGAAUGCAAUCAGGGAAAAAAUGAAUUUUGAAAAUGAAAAUGCUCAAAAAAUACAAUCAUUACUAUUACUAAAGACUAAAAACAAGCACUUCACAAGGGUGCCCACAAGUUUCAUUGAACUUAUCUUUUGUGACAGGAUCAAUGGAGUGAGUAUGGCUCCUGAAGGAUCUUGGGUUCAUGCUCCUAAAGAUACAUUUAUCCUUGGAAUCAAAGAACUUGCUGAAUCUGAUUCUUCAAUUCCACAAACACACAUUUACUUUGCCCAUGCUUAUAAAGUAAGUAUACAGUGUAACUUGAAUGCUUGAUCAAAGUAGCACUAGCUUUACAUUGGAACCCCUUCCAGUGGUGUUAUGGUCAUUGAUUAUAAUCAGUUAUUGAUUGAAAACCUUGAGUCCCACAACAAAAUUGUUGAAAUUGUUUGGUUGAUUAAAUAUAUAUUAUUUAAAAAUAUAUUAUUGACUAAUAAAAAUAUCAAAACAUAUUUGUUAUGCAACUAUAAUUGAUGAAAUUUUUCUGAUACAUUUUAAGGGAAUAAUUUGUUUGUUGGAGAAGGUUCAGAAAAAAUAAGGAGGCCCUAAACCUGAUAUCAAGUUUUAUUAAGCAAAAGCUGUAUUUAUCUGAGGAUAAUCUCAAUUUAUUCUGUAGUGGGUUUAGUGGAUUUAUCUUUGCUUUGUUUUUAGAAUCAGGCUGGCUGGGUUGAUUUACUUAAUCGAUUUAUUAAGGGUGGUGGAAAGAUUCUUGAUGUGGAGUACAUGACAGAUGACAGUAGUAAGUGACAAAAUAUAAUAUUAUCAUUCUCUCGUAACUCAUUAAAUGCCACUAUCCAUGUAUAAAUUUUCCAGACCGAGAGUCAGUUGAGAGAAUUUGAUACAUGAUCAAAGCAUUUUUGACAACCCUGGUAGACAGGCAAAAAUAUGUAUGAAAGUAACUGUUAAAAGUAAAUUGUGUUGUCUGGUACUUCUUUUAGAGAAUAUUCCAUGUUUUUAAGAAUUUUUGCAAGACACCUUUUCUCCGGGAAAGCCUCUUCUUGUAAUAAAAAAGUUUUAAGUGAAAGCCUGAUAACAGAAACAAUGUAGAAGAGAAUAAUUAUUGUCAAGGAAGAAACUGGAAGAUAAAUGACCACAAUCAACAUUAAUGAUAUAAAAUUAAACUUUAGAAUUCAUUACAACUUCAUGCCGAUUUAAGUGUGUACCCCAAAUUUUGGGGUUAUCAAGUAUUCAUAUAUUCAGGCUAUUGUUCUUGCCAUUGUCGAUUACCUUCCGAAGAAUCCACGAGCGGAAUUCCUUUGAUUUAGGUGUGAUAUGUCUCUUUUGUUUCGAAUUUUGUUGCUUGAGUGACUUUUUAAUCCCCAUUGUUACCUGAUGAGUAUUAAAUUUAUCCAUUAAAAUACUCGGACUUGCCUGUUAAAUUUGCUGCGGUCUGUGCAUGGAACGCUUACAAUUCUUUUAAGUGUGGCGGACAACUCUGGUUGCAUAACAUAUUUUCGGUCACGCACCGUAUUACAAACGAAACAAGCCUGAUAAAUUUGAAGUUGAUUAAAGCUUAUAAAUACCUGUUCUCCUAUGGUAUUUUUUUUAUUAAAUACUCCCUUGCUUCAGCGGCUUGCUUUGUACUUUGAAACCUCGGCAAGAAAAAAAAUCCAAUCUCGGUCCACAGUGGUCGAAAUUUCUCGUUCAAGAUCUCUUUUUGAAGCUCUCAAAACUCUCCUUUCUGAAAAAUACGUACCCAAGUCGAAAAAGUUUUGCGAAAGACUUAAAUCCAUAAACUUCUACCGCAAUAUGUGCGAUAAUUCUCUGCAGUUUUAUUGACACAUUUAGAACAAAAGGAUACCUUUAAAACUUCGUGGCCCUGGGCAGCUUAAUUAAGCCAUUGUUCAAUUCCUUUGAAUUCGCUUCUGAGUCUUCCGCCAUAAAAUCUCACCUUCUUUGAAUCGAGUCAAAACGAACACUCUCGAAGGGAAAGUCCGGAGGAAUAAACUGAGCCUUCAGGGUACAAAAUCCAGCGGUUAUGCCCAUUUCUGAAAUACACACUUAAAUCGGCGUGAAGUUGUAAUGUACUGUGUUACAGUUUUGCAGGUUUUAAUUUUUGCAGAUACAUUGUAAGUCCAGAGCAGCCUGACUUUAAUAUUUAAUUUAGAAAAUGUAGUGCUCAAAGAUUCCAACCCCAUGUGAUGGAAAAUAGGGAGUAAUUAUUAGCGCCGAAGGCGCAAGCUUCUAGGGGGGUCCGGAGGCAUGCCCGCCCUGGGAAAUUUUGCAAAUUUAGGUUCUCUCAAGUGCCAUUUCCUGAAUUUUGACAUCAUUCCGGCCUGAGUUAUAACAUACCAUAAUGGCUCUUCGCGAAGAAAGUAAGUAUAAUAUGAGUGUUUCACAGUGACAGAUCGCCAAAAAUUUUAAAGAUUAGCAAUUUUUCCCUAGUUUUCAAAAUUUUAUAAUAAAUCGGGAGAAUUUGGUAAAAAUCGGGAGAGCGGGAAGCAAGACAUCAAAUCGGGAGACUCCCGAUCAAAUCGGGAGGGUUGGAAUCUCUGAGUGCUGGUUUGAUGGCAGUUAAUUUUUUUGUGUGUCAUGACUGUUUCCCUUCAGAUAGACGACUAGUUGCAACAUUUCCUCAUCUGGCUGGUUUUUCAGGAAUGGCUGUUGGUCUCAAAGCAUGGUGCCUUCAACAAUUAAGGCAUGUAUCAACCUAUUCUUGCUUCCUCUCCCCUCCGUCCCCCAUCCAAUCACACUGAGUUUGGAAGAGCUGUAUAAGAAAACAUAUUCAACCUAAACCCUGUGUUGAUGUUUUGCAGUGCUUAAAACUGUAAACCCCCUAAACAUUGUUCAGCUCUAUUUACUUGACAAUUUUGAAUGUGACCUGUUAAGAAUUCCCCACUUUCUUUGGUGCAUUAGUGAUUGAAAUUUAUGGACUUUUCAUUGUGUUUUUCAGCCCUCACAGUUCAAUGCCAUCUUUAGAGCCUUAUGAUAAUGAAAAAGUAUUGGUAAAUGAUGUGAAGAUGAUGCUUCAAAAUGUUUCCAAGGCAAAAGGUAUAGUAACUCAUUAAUAUGAAUAAUGAUUGAUGUAGCCAUGUUACAGGUCAAAAUUAAAUCCGGGUUAAUAAGAUUUUUAAACCAAGGUUGCUCAUUUUCCUUUGUGUGCUUGCCCCAAUCCUAAUUCAUGACUAAUUAGGGCUUGGAGGCAUCAAAUUUUGACCUGUAAGAGCUACUUUUACUAUAUUCCCACCUAUAUCAAAAAUAAGUAACUACCCUGAAUGACUGCAGUUAAAAUAGUCACACAACAAAAAUUACAACUUUGAGAAAGUGAUAAAUUGAAAAAGAUGGCAUCUGCGUUGACAUAAUCUUUCCAAUAAUCUGUCCACAAUAUGAAUGUUUAUCUCUGAUCUGACAGUAAUUAACCACUUCACAGCCGACUUGAAAGCAAACAUUGUUUAUCUUAAAAUCCAGGUCCAGCUUGUAAAACGAAAUGCCUAAUAUUUUAUUAUUCACAUACAGCUGUGAUGUAAUGUAGUCAUUUUGACCUGUUCCAGCCUGUGCCUUUUUUCUCAAUGGGCAAUUCCAGAAAAUAUCCAUACCCAACCACGGACGGCUUCCAUGUUUUAACCCCCCCUUGCCUUCGGAAAUUCCAAAAUGCGCUACCCCUCCAUGCCCUCAGAAUUCCAUAGUCGUGAACCCUCCCCUCCCCUUCAGAAUUUCCGGUUUUUUUUGGAAGUACAUUUUCGACUUAGCAACGCCUAUAAGAACAAACGAACAUGAAUUUAUGCCUCCUCAAGGCUGUGAUCUAGCGGUGCCAGGUGACAAGCUUUACUCUUCAGUGACAAGAAAAACCUACGCUAGUUGCCAGGCCGUGCAAACUCCUUUUUAAGUCCGAAUUUGGCUAUAAAAAUAAACACCACUUAAGGUAAUUUUACUCCUCUUUGUUUUCUUGUGCUGUUUUGACGUUUACAAAGGAAAAUAGCUCAAACAGACUGUUAAACUCUUUUGGCGGUCAAAUAUACCGUCGAGUCGUGUUGCGUCCUUUUAUACGUCAUGUAGUGUGCACGAAAAGCGUUCUAAUCUGACAGGCGUUCCUUGGAAGUGAGGGACUGGUGCGAGUUCUUUACUGUUUAUCGGACGGUUUCGGACGGGAGUAACAAGAAAUUUGCAAGGGGUAUUAAAAGAUACAUUUUCAGUUUUUAUUCACGUGACAAGAAAUUCAUCAAGGUAAAUGUGAAACCAACGUUUUACUGUUCACUUCUAUAAGUUAUGAGCGUAAACAUGUGUCUGAUCUAUCGAUGCUUGUCUUCUGCUUCCGCGGUCAUACGUUCGUGGUUUAUUUACGAACUACAAAAGUCCACAACAAUAUCGUUUUCUAGGAACUUACUCUACACUUUCUACUCCAGAAAUCCCACCUGUGGAAUUCCCCCAUACCUUUGGAUUUCAAAUCGUAAAUACCCCCCCAUGCCUUCAGAAUUCCAUAAUCGUGAAUCCCCCCUCCCCUUCGGAAAUCCUUAAAGCCGUCCGUGGUAUGGUAUGGAUAUUUUCUGGAAUCGCCCAAUCAUUAGGGAAGCCUGGGUGGCAGUCAGCAGUGAGGGCAUUCACCUCCCGGCAAUGUGUUACCCAGGUUCAGAUCCCAGUAUUGACACCAUAUGGGGGUUGAGUUUGUUGUUGGUUCUCCCCUUAAUACUCUGAGAGGUUUUUCUCCAGGCACUCCAGUUUAGUCCCCUCCUCAAACAUCAACAUUUCCAAAUUCCAAUUCGACUAGGAGCGGUAGACAAAGAACCACUACUCUUUGUUUCUUUAUAUUUUAUUAAUCAUAAAUGUUAAUAAGUAUGUGAUUGAAAAUGUUUUGACUUUAAUGUGUAGCCAAUGAGAGGUUUACAACUAAUUUAGAGUGAUUGUACAAUAUAUUAUAUUAUUAUAAUGUGCAUGAAAGUGCACUUAUCUCUCUUUGUUUUUCCAAGGUCUUCCAGAUUGCCACCCUCGCAUAGUAGUUAUAGGUGCAUUAGGACGCUGUGGUAAAGGAGCAUUGGAUAUGGCUUACAAAGUAGGAAUACCAAGGUACACAGGAAUGUCUCCAGUAAUGAAUAGCCUACAUUCAGUAUAUUAAAAUUCUAACAUGACUCCGAGGCUCUCUGGUCAUUUUUCUAUAUUUGGCUUGGUUUUCUUUGUGCUCAAGUUUCCUCUGGGAAUUGCAAGACAUUAGAGUCAUGAAACAUUUGCAAUUUUAACCCUAAAGCCUCAUAUUCUUGUUAAGAUUUUAGUAUAUCGAACGUGGGCUAUUACAGUAUGGGUUCAGGGCAUUAAUUAGGCAUCGGAUAUCGAAGAAUUCACCGUUUACUACACAUACUUCUCCAGCUAAUGUGUGAUAGCCCGUGACUAUUUUUUGUUCAGACAUGGUGCUUCUUUCACAAUAUCCUCCUGUAAGGUUACACCUUUCUCCUGCUACUAGCAUUCUUAAUGAAAACCCUGAUGGGUCUUAGUGGCAGAAACUGUUUUGCCCUCAUUAUUGAAAUAUUAUAUAUAAUUUUUGAUAGCACGCACAUUGCAAAAUGGGACAUUAAUGAAACAAAAGCCGGGGGACCAUUUGAGGAAAUUCUACAGUAUGACAUUUUUGUCAACAACAUCAAGUUAACAAAGGUACAGUAAAAAUUCAUCAAUUUAAAUUUAUACAAAACGCUAUAAUUCUGAUUUUUGUGGGUAUUGCAAUCAUAUUAAAUGAAUCUCUCACAUCCAGUUAUGCACCUUCCAGUACCCAUGAGCUGAAUGUUGUCACCCAAGUUAAGGAAAAUUUAAACUAAUAUUUUGUCUUAACAAUAUAAUUAUCAUGUGGCUCAUGCUUGAUAAGAACUUAUGUUAGUCAGAUUUUGACGCAUACAUUAUAACAUUAAACUUUUCUUAAAUUUUAUUAAAUCCACUUUAAUUUGUUCCGAUCUCCAGCCUUUAAGCUUUACACAGGUUCAAUAAUGUAGUAGGACCUGAGUAUCACAUUUCCUUGAAUAAGUUCCCGCAGUUCCCAAAUAAGCCAACUUUUCUCCAGCUAAGCUAGCAAAUGGCAAAUGAGGUUACCGCAAGCGACACUUUUUCUUUAUCACUUUUCUAUGGUUAAGAGUCAAGAUGCUUUGCAAGCCUUCUUUUAGAAACUAUCAGACGCAUGGUGUAUGUGGCUAUUCUGUGGUGCAAUUUCUGUUUCAAUUAGCCUUGAAAUUGGUGAAAAAAAAUUGUAUCCAUCUAUGAUAUGGUAUUGUCAUUAAUGGCAGGAAUUAGGAAGGAAGGGCAGGGUAAGAGGGCUAGAACCCCUGGAUCUCCCACUGAGCUAAAAAAGGCAUAUUUAGAUUUAACUUCUAACUUUUUUUGAGUCAAAAGCUUGAGAUUUAAUUCCGUUGGUUCCAGGAUUUUUAUGGAGGACCUGAUCAUAUUCAAAGACUUGCAAAUAGAAGGCCUCUAUAAAUCUCCUGGAGACCAUACAUGUAUACUAGAAAUUUUAAUCCCAGCUACAGUUAAUUUUACGUAGGGUAUACGUUCAUGUGCUUGAUCAGAAAAUUGCUUUGCAGAAAAUUCCUCCAUUUCUCACAAGGAAGGUGCUGGACACCGAUCAGAGGUGAAUAACAGCACAGACAGCUUGUGCAAAAAAAAUAACCUCACUCACAGAAGUUCGGUUUUCAGCAGCCGUUAGUGGGGAGGAGUGUUGCGUGACGACACUAAAAGCGGCUGUGUAGCAGCAAUGGUUUUUACUGGGAUGUAUUCAUACUUUGCCUGUUCCUGUUACCAGUAAUUGUGAUCAUAAUAUUUCCAGCCUUUUAAUUUCACAUUAUAUUUUUGCAUUUUGUAUUGUUGACUGAUAUUUGUGUGUUCACUAUUUCUUGAUUUCUGCUCCACACCUUUUCAUCAACUAAUUUUUCCAAGUCAGUUCUUUUCAAAGAUGAACAAACUCACAGCUAACAAAAGUGUUAAUUUUGAGAAUGGCCACGGAUGUUCAGUUACAUGUAAUUUUCCUCUUCUGGAAUAGUCUUAAAUCGACUCUUUCAUAGUUGCAUUUUAGUCUUACAUUGUGUAUGGCAAUCUGGAAUCUUUGCAAUUAAUUUCUUAUACUUUACAUAAGUAAGUACUUCUGUUACAUGGAGAAAUAAGAAUAUAACAACAAACAAAAAAUAUUCUUUCAAAAUGUCCCUUUAAAACUGCACUAUUUCUCACUGCAGGAAUCUCUCUGUAGUGGUUGAUGUUAGUUGUGAUGUCAGCAACCCAAACAAUCCUCUGCCAUUCUUGGAUUCCAUUACCACAUUUCAAAAUCCCAGCAGGCGGCUACAACUCAGGUUAUAACAUAGCUAGAAAAUUCGCCUAAUCAAAUUCAAUAGCGCGAGCGUGCUUCAUAUUCCUAUUAGGGACUUUAAGAUCCGAGACGCGACGGCUGUAAGACGCGACAGGAAGUAGAUUUUCAAAGAGGAGACAUGUUGCGCAUGCUCAAGCCGUUGUCCUGGUGUCACCACGUCGCGUCGAGAACGUGGGUUUUGCGAGUUUGACGUUCUGCACAAAACGUGAGUAUAUUUGUUCCUGUGCUUGAAUUAAAUGAUGGUAUAUUCCUCUAAACAUGUAACAUCAGCCUCCUAGGAUCAUUGGACGUAAUGUCUGGCGACAUUUUAGAUCGCAGAGAUGGAAGGAUUUUGAUCAUUUUUAAAUUUCUUUCAGGUGUACGAAGCUUAUAAAAUGGCAGCGCCUUCGACUUCGACUUCGAGCGAGGCUUGCAAGUAAGUCACGA